UGUCGUCCUCUUUGUCGUCUCUCUCUGCUUUCGCACUUUCAAUCGCCUCAAUCUCUCAAAAAGCAGACGAGAUUCGAUUCUCCAUUAUUAUCUUCCUUCUAAAUGCCUUCCCUAAUGUUAUCUGAUAAGAAAGAAGAGAAGAAGAUGAAGAAGAAGAUAGCUUUGGAUACCCCAGAGCUUGAUUCUAAGAAGGGUAAGAAGGAGCCGAAGCUGAAACUAUCUGAUUCUGAUGAAGAAGAGUCGGAGAAGAAGAAGAGUAAGAAGAAGGAUAAGAAGCGUAAGGCUUCGGAGGAGGAGGAGGAAGUGAAGAGCGAUUCUAGCUCGGAGAAGAAGAAGAGCAGCAAGAAGGUUAAGUUGGGUGUUGAAGAUGUUGAAGUUGAUAACCCUAAUGCUAUUUCGAAGUUUCGGAUUUCUGCUCCGUUGAGGGAGAAGCUUAAGGCGAAUGGUAUUGAAGCUCUUUUCCCGAUUCAAGCUACAACUUUCGAUAUGGUUCUCGAUGGUGCUGAUUUAGUUGGAAGGGCUCGUACUGGUCAGGGUAAAACAUUGGCUUUUGUGUUGCCUAUAUUGGAAUCGUUGGUUAAUGGACCUGCCAAAAACAAAAGGAAGAUGGGAUAUGCCAGGGCACCAAGUGUUUUGGUCCUUUUACCGACCAGAGAAUUGGCCAAGCAGGUGGCUGCUGACUUUGAUGCAUAUGGAGCAUCACUUGGGUUAAGUUCAUGUUGUCUCUAUGGAGGUGAUAGCUAUGUAGGUCAGGAGAAUAAAUUAAGGAGAGGUGUUGACAUUGUAGUUGGAACCCCUGGUCGUAUUAAGGAUCAUAUUGAAAGACAAAACAUUGAUCUCAGCCAUCUACAAUUCCGUGUUCUUGAUGAAGCUGAUGAAAUGUUGAGGAUGGGAUUUGUUGAGGAUGUUGAACUUAUAUUAGGGAAAGUGGAGGAUGCUACUAAAGUCCAGACUCUUCUCUUCAGUGCUACUUUGCCAUCAUGGGUGAAAAAUAUCUCUAACAGGUUUCUUAAAAGAGACCAGAAGACUAUUGAUCUUGUUGGUAAUGAUAAAAUGAAGGCCAGUAAUAGUGUUCGACACAUCGCUAUUCCCUGUAAUAAGGCGGCCAUGGCUCGGUUGAUUCCUGAUAUUAUCAGUUGCUAUAGCAGUGGAGGCCAAACCAUUAUUUUCGCUGAGAAGAAACAUGAAGUUUCCGAGCUUUCUGGUUUGUUGGCUGGGUCAAGAGCCUUGCAUGGUGAAAUACCUCAAGCACAACGUGAGGUUACUCUUGCUGGAUUUAGGAAUGGCAAGUUUUCGACAUUGGUGGCUACAAAUGUUGCUGCUCGUGGUCUAGAUAUCAAUGAUGUGCAGUUAAUUAUCCAGUGUGAGCCUCCACGUGAAGUUGAAGCAUAUAUUCAUCGUUCAGGCCGAACAGGAAGAGCUGGCAACACUGGAGUUGCGGUUACACUCUACGAGUCUAGAAAGUCGAGUGUAUCAAGGAUCGAAAAGGAAGCUGGUAUAAAAUUUGAGUACAUUUCUGCACCUCAGCCUGAUGAUAUUGCCAGAGCUGUUGGUAUGGAAGCUGCUGAGAAUAUUAAAAAAGUCUGUGACAGUGUGGUUCCUGCAUUCCUGGGAGCUGCCAAGGAAUUAUUAGAAUCUUCUGGUUUAUCAGCUGAAGUACUCCUCGCAAAAGCUCUUGCAAAAACUGCGGGCUUCACUGAGAUAAAGAAAAGGUCACUUCUUACAUCAAUGGAGAACCAUGUGACACUACAUCUUGAAGCAGGGAAACCAAUGUACUCGCCAUCAUUUGUUUAUGGAUUGCUAAGGAGAGUUUUACCAGAUGACAAGGUGGAACAGAUUGAAGGGUUAUCUCUAACAGCAGAUAAAACCGGAGCGGUGUUCGAUGUUAAGCAAUCGGAUCUAGACUUGUUCCUUGCAGCAGGACAAAAGAGUGCUGGAAGUAUGAGCUUGGAAGUGGUUAAGGAGAUGCCUAAACUUCAGGAGAGAGAACCAUUGCCACAAAAAAGAUACGGUCGCAAUGCUGGUGGAAACCGGUUUGGUGGUGGUGGUGGAAAUCGGUUUGGUGGUGGUGGCAGAGGAAGAGGUGGUGGUGGUGGUGGUAGGGGCCAGAGAUAUUGAGAACUCGAACCCAACUUGUCUCCUUUUGAUAAAAAAAGAUACUAAACUCCCUCUUAUAAUUUCAUUACUAUCUUCUUGCGCUGAUGAUUUCUACACUAUAAUAGGUGUUUUCUGUGUGUUUUCCUUUUAGUCUUUCUUUGAACAAACUUAAGGAGGCUCUCUUGUAUCCUCUUUAUCAAUUUUGUGUAAUUUGGAUGAUAAUGAUGAUUAAAUUAUUACUUCGUCA